CGCACUUUCGGUCGAAUCGACAUUUUAGUCAACUGUCCCGUCUAUCCCGAGCACAACCCCAUUAAUGACCCAUUAUUUAUGGCUAAAUACAAGAGUGUUAUGCAAACAAACCUCGAGGCCAUGGUACUUAUGACCAGCAUUUGUGUGGAGCACCUGGAGAAGACCCGGGGCACUAUAAUCAACAUGUCCAGCAUUAGAAGCACUCGACCGAGUCCUCAAGAGUCGGCUUAUUGUAUGGCGAGAUCGGGGUUUGAUAUGUUCACCAAAUGUAUGGCCACUGAGUUGGGACCCAAAGGCAUACGAGUUAAUAGUGUUAAUACGGGUCCAAUCGGUCCGUACCCUUGGGAUCCAAACACCCCUAACAAUCGCUCACUCGAAUUGAGUGCCAAAAUACCGGCGCAAAGGUUGGCCGUAUCGGACGACUUGGCAUUCGCUGUGCUAUUUCUGGCGGCAAAGGAGGCAUCGUUUAUAACGGGCACUAAUAUGUUGGUCGACGGGGGCUAUUCAGCUGCUGGUCUACCAUAAGCUAUAACUUCUAUAGUUUAAUAUAUAAUCAAGAUUAAUGUCUACAAUAAUUAAACAAAUAUAAGUUUAAUUCAUGUUAUUAUCAGUAGAUUUGUAAUUCA